CAGACCAAUAAGCGUAGCUGUUCACCGGCUCUUGAAGAAGCAUCGUCCAAACGUCUUUGCACGGAACCGAUCGACACAAGCAACACUCACUUGUUGACACAGCUCACCGAUGUUCUGGCGGAAAUCCGAUCCACUCCUUCCACCGGCGAAAUAUCCGCCGAGCUGCUUGGCAGUUUGAAAUUAUUGAUGUUGCAAAUAGAACAUUUGUCUGCGGAUGAAAACAACGUGGAAGCGAAGCAAAUGAAAGAUGAAAGUGAUCGUUGCCUAGAAACUUGGUUUGAUGAAUUGGUCGCACGAUGCGAAGCCGACGGGGAACUGGAUAUCGAUGCAUUGGAACAUGCUCUUGCUUUAGCGCUAGCACUGAAGGAUGAAGAAGAGGAGUUGAACGAUGCUGUCCUCGAUAACAAUCAAGGUGACGAGGUGGUAGUGGUGGAUGAAGAGAAU